GCGCGGGGCACGCCGGUGGAAUAAAAUUCCUUAUUCAAUCCGAUUACUGAUAACUUUUCUCCUUCUAUUUCCGUGAUGUCAGUGCCAUGGCUGUGGUUGUUGACGAUCCUCUCAAUGUUUGUAAGUCCCCCAACGUGGGCUAUGGGGACAUCGUCGGAAUUGGAUCUGAGUUUGCUGACUCGAGAGCUGUUGGACUCGGCGAGGGAGCUCGAGUUCCUGGAAUGGUUAAAAAGGAUUAGGAGAAGAAUCCAUGAGUACCCAGAACUGGCUUUUGAAGAAUUCGAAACGAGUCAACUCAUAAGAUCCGAGCUGGACGCGCUAGGGAUACAAUACACAUGGCCUGUGGCCAAGACUGGCAUCGUGGCUUCUGUGGGGUCCGGUAUAGAACCAUGGUUCGGUCUUCGAGCUGACAUGGAUGCCCUCCCCAUACAGGAAUUGGUUGAGUGGGAGCAUAAAAGCAAAAACAUUGGUAAGAUGCAUGCUUGUGGCCAUGAUGUUCAUGUUACCAUGCUGCUUGGAGCAGCUAAGUUACUUCAACGCAAGAAAGAUCAAUUAAAGGGCACAGUUAAGCUUGUUUUCCAACCAGCGGAAGAGAGUUAUGGUGGCGCUUAUCAUAUGUUAAAAGAGGGUGCUAUUGACAAAUUCCAGGGUAUGUUUGCAUUACACAUUGCACCCCAGCUGCCCACUGGCACCAUUGCCUCCAGACCUGGUCCUGCCUUGGCUGGCUCAGCGAGGUUUGUGGUCAAAAUUCAAGGGAAGGGUGGGCAUGCUGCUGCACCCCACAAUGCCAUCGAUCCUGUACUUGCAGCAGCCUUCGCUGUCCUUUCACUCCAACAGAUUAUUUCGCGAGACACAGAUCCUCUUGAACCCAGGGUUGUCUCAGUUGGAUUUGUUGAAGCUGGGAAAGCAUGGAAUGUAAUUCCAGAGAUUGUGACAUUUGGCGGAACUUUCCGGAGCAUUUCUGCAGAAGGCAUGUCCUAUCUGAAGGAGAGAAUAAAAAAUGUGAUAGAGAUGCAAGCUGCAGUUCUUCAGUGCACUGCUACUGUGGAUUUUCUUGAGGAAAAGCUGAGGGCGUAUCCUCCAACCAUUAACGAUGAAUCUUUGUACGAACAUGCAAAAAAGGUCGGAGAAUCCCUGCUUGGGAAAUCCAACGUCCUGCUUGCACCACUGACUAUGGGGGCUGAGGACUUUGGCUUCUAUGCACAGAGAAUGGCAACCACCAUGUUCUCCAUAGGGACGAAGAACAAAUCCUCAAAGCCAAGCAGCGAUUUGCACUCACCAGAAUUGAUUGUUGAUGAGGAGGUUCUUCCCAUUGGCGCUUCUCUACUCGCUGCUGAAGCAAUUUCUUACUUGGACAAUCAUGUUUACUUGUAAACUGCCUUCUUUUACACACAACAUCAAGAAACUCAUUUUAGUGGCUGUAUAAUUAUGAUGGAAUUUUUCCACUAACACUCAGAUGCACAUCUCAAGAAAAAUUACUCUUUUUC